UUACAGUUUAUGAUGUCAUCAUCACGGGCCAUAUCUUUCUUCUCGCCCCAGGCCCCAGAAAGCACUUGUUAUUGUAAGUACAGUACCCAUUUUCAAAGGAUUGCAGUUGUGCUAAAAUGCCAGGGAGAUGCAGUUUGUAUGGAGGAAAGCGUUUCAAUUACAAGAUCUAAAGCCCUCAACUGACCUUAAACUUAGAGCUUGUGUUUAAAGCGAAAAGUCCAGCCAAAUUAAGGACAGCUGUCGUAAGAUCCUGUUAUAAUUAGUGCCCCGUGUAAUAUAGGUCAUGUAAUGUAUUAACUAUAUAAUGUCCACAUUUCCAUUUUUUUGGAAGCUUUCUACUCCAUUGUGCGAAGCUACCUCCUUUUUUGUCAUCGUGCAGAAUUUAUUCCGAUUUAUUGUUAAUGUCCAAAUUUUUUAAGGAGGGCAAACCAUCGUUCCACGAACUUAUUUGCAAGAGACCCUCUACGUGUUUUUUUAAAGUACCCGUUUACGCGGGAUCCGGUCCAGAUCGGAUCCAUACGGGUUCACCUCUGAAAGCGAUCCCAAAAGUGUUCGGAUAGCGGAUCCAAAAGUAUACGGAUCCAUCAGUUCCCGUGUAAACGCAAGGCCUAUCCGUAUUCUUUUGGAUCCGACCCGGUUCGGAUCCGCUCUCGUGUAGACAGGCUCUUAAAAGAUAACAUGAAGUAUUAAUUUUCAAAGAAAUAUCAACAAUGGUAAACGCAACAAGAGUGUUUUUAUCUCAUAAGGUAACCCUAGUACCCAAAGGAAUCCUUUUAAUCCAUUGUUUGUAGCCGUUCCUAACAAGAUAAGAUUAGCUUAAAUUAACUCAUUCAUGACUAAAUCAUGUCACAUGCAGGCACACAAAGUGACUGCAGACUAUCAAGACUAUCGGUGUGUCUUAUUUUAGCUCGAGACUACUGAUUUGCUAUGGACGUCAAAAUGUAAUGUUCUUUUUAUUCAUCUAACGGGCCAGAGAUUGGUUUGACCAAAUGUAAAUUGGUUUGACUAAAUGUCAGCACCAUAAAAGUACUAUUGCUAUGGUCAGCACUCACUAUGAAUUAACAGAUAAAAAUCCCAUAUUUUAUCCCAGAUAAAAAAAUUGACACCAAUGGAGUAUCGAUAUUUUAGACGUUAGUCGAAUUUGAUGCUUCAACGCCUUUAUUCUCUUUUUCGUUACUGAAACCUAAAGACGCGCCGUUAACUUCUCCAAAUUACCUUUAAUAUGUAACACUGAUAUCAAAAUUCCACAGGUCCACCAGUCCGGUUAAUAGCAUGUUUCUCGUCUUUGUUGUCAGUUACCCCCUGAUGAGUGUGACUGCUCACGUUGGCCUUAGAUAUCCUUCCCUGUUGUGCGUUCUGCAUUUGCAUUCUAAUCACUUUAGUGCUCUUGGACGUCCAAAUGGAAAUGGAAAACGGCAGUCCAGUGACCUCUUUACGCUACAAACGUUUGAAGUUCGGAAAGAAAUUCUCCAUCUUCAACAAAACUCUCUUGAUCGUUUCUGGUCUCUGCGGGAUUCUACUUCUUUCUCAAAGCUUCAACUUAUUGCAGGAGAGAACGAGAUUGGAUCCAGAUGGACCUGGUCAUGCUGUGCAAAAGAGAUCAGUCUGGGUGUCAUCAGAGUUAGCUGACAAUUUUACAAAGGCGAAUUCUUCCAAGAGAGCUGAUUCAAAUGAUAGUUUUGCUGAAUGUAGCCCACCUAGUAUCCAAGAAUUUCCUAAAGAUUUUUUUUCAAACUCACAGCGAAGGAAAGGAGCGGUCAUAGUUCACAUUCUAGUUUCUGUUUACAUGUUUAUUGCAUUGGCAUUUGUUUGUGAUGACUACUUUGUGGCUUCGCUCGAUCAUAUAUGCGAGAACUUGAAUCUAAGUGAAGAUGUUGCCGGAGCAACGUUUAUGGCAGUGGGGGGCUCAGCCCCGGAGCUGUUCACCUCCGUCAUUGGUCUUUUUGUCAUUGGGUAUGGAGAUGUUGGCCCAGGAACAAUCGUUGGAUCGGCCGUUUUCAAUAUUCUCGUUGCCCUAGGACUUGUGAGCUUCUUUGCGGGGCAGGUCACCCAACUCACCCGCUGGCCAAUAUUACGAGACUCGCUUUCAUACAGUGUAGCCAUUGCUGCUUUGAUAGGGGCUAUGUACGAUGGAUUUAUCACGUGGUACGAGAGUCUUAUCAUGUUGUUACUAUAUGCCGGGUACAUUACUUUGAUGAAGUUCAAUUCAACAGUUCUCAAAAUAAUUCAGCCAGAAUCAGUCUACGUGAAGGAAGAAGAAAAAAAUCCUCUAUCUAAUGGUACAGUUGAUUAUGGUUCUACCAUGCUCGAAAAUGGAGAUAUUCCUGCGUAUUGCGGCAGUCCUGACAGUUACCAACUUGUGACAAAGAAAAUUCGUAAGCUUACGUGGAGGGAAGUUGGUAUGAUGGUUAUGUUGAGUGACAGAUUUCAACCAGCCACGCGAUUUCGAGCAGCAUGUUACAUGGUAACAAUGCGACAGGAUGAUGGUCACGAGCAUCAGAAUGAGAGUGACACCAACCAGAAUGAGCCUGCCGACAUUGUUAGCAAGAAUUCCUUUAAACACGAAAGUGGUCAUGUAGAUAUCAAGAUUGAAGCUGGACCAUUUUACCCACAAGAUAGAUCAUGUUUUGGCAUGGUAUUCUGGAUAAUAUCAAGACCAAUUGCAUUAAUUUUACAUUUUACAAUACCGGAUUGCAAGAUGGAAAAAUGGGCUCGAUGGUACAUGGUAACUUUUCUUAUGUCAAUUAUUUGGAUUGGAGCUCUUUCUUACAUCAUGGUCUGGAUGGUCGUCAUCAUUGGAUACACUUUAGGAAUACCUGAUGUUAUCAUGGGGAUAACCUUCCUUGCAGCUGGAUCCAGUGUCCCAGAUGCCCUUGCGAGCCUUAUUGUUUCAAGACAAGGUCAAGGAGAUAUGGCGACGGCAAAUUCUAUUGGAAGCAAUGUUUUCGACAUCCUCAUUGGUCUUGCAUUGCCAUGGUUUUUCCAAACUGCUUUGCUGCAUCCUGGUUCGCGGGUCAAAGUGAACAGUCGUGGGCUCAUAUAUUCUGUUGUCCUUCUAUUUACAACUGUCUUUAUCACGAUAAUAUCAAUCCACUUUAACAAAUGGAGACUUGACAGAAAGACUGGUGUUGUAUUUUUUGUUGCCUAUUUCAUAUUUAUAGUAAUUUCAAGUCUCAUAGAAUUUAACAUUUUUGGAUUUGUUAAUCUUCCUACCUGUUCACUAUCAGAAUAAUGCAUCACGUAAAACAUUUACGCUUUUAUCCAGUUUAUGAACAUGCUGAAGCUGUUUGGAAUCACAAUAGAUAUUUAAUCCUUGCCAGAACCUCUUGAAAUAUUCAAUCUUCAAAACAGGGGCGGACACUUGGUCAAAUAUUGGGAGGGCAAGCCUAUUGUUUUGCUAAGAUGACGUCAUAUUUUCCAUUGUUUUAGAACAAAAUGCUAUUGUCCUAAAAAAAUUGGAGUUCCCCCACCUUCCUCGCCUCCCAGGUGUCCGCCGCUGCUUUGAAACACAGUGCGCUUGCUACCAUUCCAGACCGGCCCGCUGAUAACACGCACACUACACCCUCACCUCCCCAAAACGUUUUUCGGUUAGCAAAUUUCUAUUCAAUCUUUUCUGGUUCAUGUUUAGAUUUUCGGGAAUUAACUCAAUAAUUUACUGAAAAUUGCUUUUUAAUUUGUAACAACUAGCAAUACAGGCGAAAACUCAUUUUUUUUAAGUCCCACAUGCAUCUUUCCGUUUUAUAUUCGCUUUACGUCAGGCGUGACAAAACCAAUGAUUACCAUGCCCAAAAGCCAGGCGAGAAAUGGUUGUUUAACAAUUAGAUCUGAAGUUACGAGAUGAUUUUUGGUUGCUUUAGUAGCUUUUUCUGUUAUUUAGUUUAGACUCAUUCAUUAGCUUUAUUUAUAAUUUUAUAAUUACACACGCACUAAUACAUCUACAUUCAAAAUUUCGCACGUUUUUAACCAUAUCGCACUGACGUUCAUGUGUAUAAUGUCAUCUGUAUUUUAUUACAACUUCAUUUUCUAGUAUAUUUUAAUCAGAUUUAUGUCAAUGCUUUGCAUACUCAACUUUUGACGCAUUACAGUGUAAGAAAAGUUUAGUGAAAACAGUGUAAUAAGUUGGUUUGUAACUUUUGACGCAUUACAGUGUAAGAAAAUUUUAGCAAUAAGUUGGUUUGUAUGGAUACUGGAAUGUAUUCUGUCCAAUAAAUAUCCCUUUGGGAGACCCUUUCGAAUUAUGACCUCGUUUUGUUAACAUGCUCUAAAAGAAACGUGUUGAAUUUUAAACGCUGAAUUAGAUAUUUUUGAAUUACUCCUAUAAUGUUUAGUAUUGUAAUCUUGCAAAAUGAUAAUUUCUGCUGCUUAAAAGAAAUUUCCUUAAUUCUAUAUUUAGCUGAAUAUUUAGAAAUAUAUUUUGGAAUUCAUAAACUGUGAUCCGUCUUUCAAAAUGAGAUGUUAGUGUAUUGUUUCCAUUGUUCUCGCCUGCUAUGAAGGAGUGUGUCCUGGUUACCAUGGCAGGCAUCAAAGCAACUCUUACGUAAUUUAUUGCUGCUAUUUCUAAGAGCUGCUUUGCUACAAAAAACCUCUAUCAUUUUUAUGGCAAUGUUUGAAUUGUUGAAAGCUUGGAAUGAGAAGGCUAAGAAAAUAGUUGUUUGUGUCAUCAAGUGCCUGGUUUUACAGAAAAAGUAUGAUGAAAUCUGAUAUUUGCAGUUUUACGUGCUUGCGUAUUUCUGGCAUUGAAAAAACGUCUAAACUUGUUCCAAACAUUGGUUUUCAACUGCAAUACUCAAGAAACACUCGCCCUUCAAAGAUAAGUUAUUCAAAUAUUUA